AUGAACGAUGCCGUCAAUCAUUCGCCACCAUGUUCACCAUCAGCUCAACCCACUUUCUCGCCCAAGGAUUCUUGCCCAAUAUUGUCUCAGCAAACUGCAACAUGGUUUGAUACUCUGGUGGGACAUGAUAACUUCACCCAAAUGCUACGUCGUAUGGAAGGCUCACAGAACCUCCCUGCAUUGCAAUUUGAUCUUACUCUUAUGGACCCCCUUCCCUCGGAAGGUACCAUGAAACUAUUCCUCAAAAUUUUCCUUCGCCCUUUGAAUGAGGACGUGUGUCUCUUUGAAGAAGAUAAACUCAUUGCUUUGGCUCAAUGCGGCCCAGGAGCUACCACGAGCCCUGAAGUAAACUGGUAUGCCGCAUUGACCAUUGUAAGCGCCCUUGCCCUUCGCAUCAUGAGCGGGAUGCGAAACGAUCAGUCGGAGGAGUUUCUGCAAAACACCCUCAAGAUACUCCCGUACAUCAUCACCGAGGAGCCAGAUGACAUUGCCAUUGGAGUAUGCUUGUCGACGGUCUUUUAUUUGAUGCUUACAUCGAGAACUAAACUCGCCGCGACUAUCCUGAGAGCAACUGCACAAAUCAUGGUCAAACCAGAACACCGCGAUCCGACGAGCCCAAAUGCCAACAUGAGUUUGGAAACGUUACACAGACAAAGGCUCUUCUGGCAAGCAUACAUCUGGGACUGCGAUAUCUCCAUGCGCUUAGGAAAGCCGCACUGCUUGCCAGACGGUCUUCAUCCUCCGUUGCCCGAGGAACAACCAGACGAUGGCUACACUUCAUUCACGCUGGCUAGUGGAUCCACCAUAAAUUCCCUGCGUGAACAAGUUCUGCUGGCUGAGAUACAAAGCAAGGCGUACCACAUGCUCCGGCCUGAACUGACUUCAAGCCAGUCCAUUGAGCAAAUAUAUACCAGCAUCAACGAACUCAACACGGAGCUCCAAAACUGGCGAGAUCGCAUGCCCGGACUUGGCAAACCACUAACGAGCUUUUCGAAUGGCGGAUCCAGCCUUCUAAGGUGCAUGACGAAUCUUCAUUGCACCUACUUCCAAUUACUUCUUGCGAUAAACAGCGUCGAUUUGAAACAUUUGCCAACCCCCUCCGACGACUCGAGUAGUGGUAGUGUUGUCAUCACUCGCAGCCAUGCUGUUUGCAUCAGAGCAGCGCGGGCUUCCCUUUCCUUGCUAGGCGAGCACGAUAUUCGCCAUCCAUAUACAAUCUACCUACUUGAUCAUUUGGCGUGGAGUGUUGACACCAUCUACAUCAACAUCAUCCAAAACAAAAAUUCGCCAGCAGUGUUGACUGACCUGCAACUGGUCAAAAGAGUGGUGAUUCUCUACGAGAAGUACGAGUCCAAUCGAAAUAGCGUGAAAUCGUACCUCAUGGUGCGAACCCUUCUCGAAGUUGCCUCCAAGGCAAUGCAAGGUGUCCUUCUCGCCAGUUGCUUCCAGAGAGAGUGGCCUGACCCUGGUACGACUGGGCCCUAUCGCUCGAGUCACGGAACUGUGAGGCAGUGGGAUGCGGGCCCAGCACUGCCACAGUCGCCAACUGAAUAUGUGAUGACGGGAUCACUGGUUUCAAGACAACACAAUGUCCCUUCCCCGAUACCGAGCAGCAAGAGGCUAGCUGUCAAUGACUGGUUCACUCGGGGAAUUAAUUCAGUCAUGUAUCAGAAUGAUUAG